GUUUGGGCCCUGCGGCCCGUCCAGCCAUACGAAUCAUCCCCUUCCUCUCUUAUCCGCCGACGCCGCGAGGAUCUCCGUUGAGCUCAGCCGUUGAACCACAGAGCCGGAAGCCAUGGCGGCCACGCCGACCACCCCCUUCCCCCGCCUCCUCGCCCCGGCCCCACUACACCUCGCCGCGCGCCCUUCCUUGUCGUCCACCCUCCGCAACCCCUCCAUCUCCCUCUCCUAUUCUCUCCCCGGCCCCCGCCACCGCCUCGCCGCCGCGUCCAGGGAUACCACCAGCAACAAGGGACAAGAGCAAGAGCAAGAGCCCGCACCGUCCGCGGCGGACGGAGCAGCGGAUGAGAGCACGGAGGAGGCGGAAGGGGCGUCGCCCGGGGAGAAGAGCCCGGAGGCGGUGGCGGCGGAGCUGAAGGAGGUGCUGCGGGCGCGGAAGGCGGCGGAGGCCGCCAGGGCGGGCGUCGCGCAGGAGAUGUCCGAGAUCGAGUGGCCGGCGCCCGGGAAGGUGGUGGGCACCACUGGCGUCGUGCUCGGUGUCAUCGCGGGUUCCACCGUCGCGUUGCUCUCCGUCAACGCGAUCCUCGCCGAGCUCUCUGACCGCGUCUUCGCUGGCCGCGGGCUCCAGGACUUCUUCGGCUGACGCCGCGGUGUCGUCAGGUUUUCUUCAGGAUGAGGAUAUAGGUUGGUGGCAGCUAGGGUGAUAGAUCAAGUGCCGAAGUCUCAAAUUAUGUAUUUUUUUACUUAAUGACAAUAAAAACGAAUGAUGAAUUCAUUGCGAAAAUUGUACUGUUGCUAAUCUGUGAAUGGCAGCCUCAGCUUACAAAUGCUACAAUUAA